GCGACGACGCGACGCAAGGGAGCCGUCCUGCCUUCGCGUAGCGUAGUUCCGUCGCCUUGGAGGAGGCCCUGGAGAGAGAGGCAGAGAUGUGUGUCGUAAAUAGUACACCAUACUAGUACCGUGCUGUACCGGUACCCCAUACAAUAUACAUGUAUGAGUAUACUGUACAUGUACAGACCGGCGCUUCAUUAACUUCCUCGUCGUUCCACGUUAGAUAUGUACGAGUAGUUGAUACCAGUCUAACGGAAGCUGCAUUUGUCAACAUGGCCGACAACAGAAUGGAGGUGGUUGACGAAAUGAGCGUCCAUCGAUUUGUAGAAGACGAACGUGAAUCUGAAGGAGUUUGUAUGAAACAAGAUGGAGAGUGCUCAAGCACCGGAAAUUUUGAAUUUGACAGAACGUUUGUGUAUAUAGAACGCAUUGGGGAGACAAGUGGUGGGAGCAGUCACGUCAUGCAUGUCGCUGAAAAUCACCAAAACGACGUAGGCUUAGGCCUGGCCCAUACUACAAGCCUCCAAUCCCAUGUACGUAAUGUACAUAAUGUAGGCCUAACCGGUACGACAAGUCAUCAGGAAGUCGAACAUGUAGAUUUAACUGCAUGUAGCACUCCAUCUCUUCACCAAUAUUCCGUGGAUGCUCCAUCAUCUGAGUCGGGCCGUGAUGUUCUGCAGAUGCAUGAAAAUGACCAAGUCAAUAAUCUUGGUCAUGUUGGUGAUGGUUGUGAUGGAUUCAUACAUCACACAAUAUCACCAGAUCAAAUACAGACACAGAUCAGCCAUGUUGGCCCAGGAUAUCCAUUCGAUAUGCCUGAUGACAUAGCCGGGGCAACCUUAACUAUGGAAAGAACAAAUCCCAAGACUAAGAAAAAAGAAAUUAAGAGAUAUAACUGUGAGUUUGAACGAUGUAAUCGGACAUAUAGUACACCUGGAAACUUGAAAACACAUUUGAAAACCCACACUGGGGAUUUCAGUUUUGUUUGUAAAGAAAAAGGAUGUGGUAAAGCAUUCUUGACUAGUUACAGCUUGAAAAUUCAUGUCCGUGUCCACACAAAAGAGCGUCCAUACUCAUGUGUUUCAGAGGGAUGCCAGAAGUCCUUCAACACAUUAUACAGAUUAAAAGCUCAUCAGAGACUCCACUCUGGAUCAACCUUUAACUGUGAUUCAGAGGGUUGCACCAAGUUCUUCACUACACUGAGUGAUCUCCGAAAACAUAUCAGAACACACACUGGUGAAAAACCAUUCAAAUGUGAGAGCUGUGGAAAGGCAUUUGCCGCAAGUCAUCACCUCAAGACACAUGUCAGGACACAUACUGGGGAGAAGCCUUAUUCAUGUCAAGAGGACGGAUGUGAUCGUUCCUUCAAUACACAAUACAGCCUGAAGAGUCACCAGAAGGGGCAUGAUAAACACUCAUCCAACUCAGACCCUUUGAAUGCGGACAAGCCACAGAAAGAUGAUUCCAUUCAGGAGAAUAGAGUGGCCAGUUCAACCUCCGUUGGUUGGGUAGCUACACCAAGUUCAGCUUGCAUUUGCACCUGUGGCUCUAGAAAUGCAACCAUGAUAGCCACAAAGCCAACUGAGAUACCUGUUGGUGAUGUGGUUACCACUCCUGCUGUCCAGCGUGCUAGUACAGCCAAUUUUGAAGUAGUUAACACUAAGGAACUACCAGUAUUAUCGCAGUCAUUGAACCAGCAAACAGAGAAGAAGGCCCAACACACUGGUCAGUCUGUGAUUAUUCACAGCAUUCCAUCUGGCUCAGCUGGUCAAAAUGUGAUAAUUACAAUCAAUCAAGAUUCAUCAGCUCCUACACAAGUUGUCAUUGCACCACAACAUCAGGUUUCUCAACAGACAUGCAAUGCAACACAGGUCAUGAGUAUUAAGCCAGAUAAUACCAGCAGUAUUUCAACAAGGAUGGUUCCUUUUGGAGAUUCAACUGGUCAACCAACUGUUGGAAUGUGUGUACAUCAUACAGAAGCAGCCAAGUCACAUCUUCCUGUCACCAAUUUAUCAAGUACAUCAGAAGUUAAAACUAAUGGGACAGCAAUGAUCCCAGUACCUCCAGUAGGUUUAUCUAUAAAUCAACCACGUACAGCUGCUGUACCAGCAAAUCCUCCAACCGUAGUUCCUAGACCAGUGGUUCUUACUAUUGCUACACCUGAUCAUGCUGUCAUGCACUCCCAUUCUAGUGUUCAACAACAAACCUGCAUCCAAGUCAUAACAGAUGAAAGUAAAGUGCACAAGUCGGAUUCCAGUGGUCAAGCAGAGUGUAAGCAUGGCAUAAGUUGUGCACCUCCUGUGACCACUGAUAUUGUGGUUGCUAGGCAACCUCCCGGUAGCUUUUGUGCCGCUAAUCAGAAAGCAGGACAGUCGACUGUCCAGCAGACUGUCCAGCAAGUGGCACAUUCACAUCAAAUCAAUGAGCAAAUUCCGAUGAUUAAAGAUUCCUUCUCUCUAGGUUCAACCAAUUCCAUUUCAGUCCAUUCAAGUGACCAGAUGAAAUCAUGGGUCACUAAUUUUCCGCAUACUUCCUCAACAUCUCCAGAUGUUGCAACAAAGUCUUGUACAUGCAAUGACUCCUGGAAGAAUCAACAAAAGAGACAGACUGAUGAUAUGAUCAAAUCUUGGUUGAAUGAUAAGAAUGCGAGCAUGUCACAGCGUGAAGCUGAUGCUGAAUCCAAUGCAAACAGCUCAAUUAGUACUGAGGAAAUAGAAAGGCAGCCUUGUCCCUUGUGUAGCUGCACCUGUCCAUGUGAAUGUAAGACACCACUAUCCAAAAGUGACUUCCAGGAUGGCAUGUCAGUCAUUUCAUCCUUCAGUUUAAGUAAUUUCCCGGACUUUUAAUUCAGAUGGAUGAAUGAAAAAAUUAAGUAAUUGAAAGAAACCUGAAAUUGUUCCAUGUUUCUGUCUCACUUUCUACAUACUAAAAUAAAUUGUUUGUAAUCUUUUGUAAGUCAAGGUUUCAGAUGACAAACAUGUUCUUGGUAUCACUACAUUUUUGGCCAGACAAGCUAAACCAAGAAAUGCAUGGCCAGCAGCAUAUCAAGCUUUUGGUGUGGGGGGGGGGAAACAUUCAAAAGGGAAUGCGGCUUUGGGCUCAUUAAAAAUGAUGUU